AUUUGAGAGGAGUCAUUGGUGGAAAUAAAACACGGACUUUCACGUUCUCUUCCAGCUUUCAGUAAUGGCUGCUGCUGAUAUGGGAGAAGAGCUGACCUGCUCCAUCUGCCUGAGCAUUUAUACUGAUCCUGUAACCCUGCCGUGUGGCCAUUACUUCUGCCAGGGCUGCAUUGGGAAAGUGCUGGAUACCCAAGAGGAGUCUGGGGGUUAUUCCUGCCCUGAAUGCAGAGCAGAGUAUCAGGAACGCCCUGCCCUGCAGAGGAACAGGAAGUUGGGUAAUAUAGCUGAGCGAUUCCUUUAUACUCACCCAGAGCAGGACAGAACUGGGAUCUUCUGCACUUACUGUAUUCAAGCUCCUGUACCUGCUGCUAAAUCCUGUCUCUUGUGUGAGGCUUCUCUGUGUGAUGCCCAUGUGAGGGUGCACAGCAAGUCAACAGAACACGUCUUAACUGAACCCACCACUUCCCUUGGGAAAAGAAAAUGCUCUGUACACAAUGAGCUCCUAAAGUAUUACUGCUGUGAGGAUGGUGCCUGUAUCUGUGUGUCCUGCUGCCUGGCUGGAGAACACAGGGGCCACAGGGUGGAGCUGCUGAAUGAGGCCUCUGAGAAGAAGAAAGAGAAACUGAGGAAUGUUCUGGAGAAAUUGAAGCCAGAGAGAGAGCAGACUAUGAAAAAACUGAAAAGCAUGCAGUGCAGCAAAAGACGUUUGGUAAAAAAAGCAGCUGGUGAGACAGAGAGAAUCACUGCCCUGUUUAGGGUCAUCAGGGAACAGCUGGAAGCCCUAGAGAAGCGACUCCUGAGUGACAUCUCCAGGCAGAAAGAGGAGCUUUUCCUCCAACUCUGGGAUCUAACGGAGCAGCUAGAAAUAAAGAAGGAUGAGCUGUCCAGGAAGAUCCAUCACAUUGAGGAGUUGUGCAACAUGGCAGAUCCACUCACUGUCCUACAGGAACAGGAAUCAAAUGUAACUGCCUUUUGUGGGGCUGAGGGGGCAGAUAAUGAGGACAGAAAGAAAAGUGAUAUAAAGGUUCCUGCUGUAGGAGAUCUGGAUGAGUUAUUGAUCUCAGAGACAUUACUCACGGGCUUAGCUGGGAUUGUAACUGGGGUAAAGGAAACAAUCUAUGGGCAGGAGGCUACAGACAUGUUACUGGACAUAAACACAGCUGGUAAAUAUGUCGCUAUAUCAGAGGAUAAGAAAUCUGCAUCAUGUGCAGAGACAGACCAGUGUCACCCACAAACCCCAGAUAGCUUUCAAUAUGCUCAGGUUUUGAGCACCACAGAGUUUUCCUCUGGGCGACAUUACUGGGAAGUGGAGGGCAGCGAAUCACAGGACUGGGGGCUAGGGGUGUCCUAUCGCAGUAUUGAGAAGCAAGGGCUCCAGUCUGUGUUUGGGAAAAAUAACAAGUCCUGGUGUUUAUAUCAAGGGGAUCUUGUUGACUGUAUAACAAUGCACAACUCUGAGGUAAAGUCAGUUUCUCCCAAAAUUUCUUGCAAUAGGUUUAGAAUCUCACUGGACUAUGAGGCCGGACGUCUGUCCUUUUAUGAGCUGAGUGAGCCAAUCAGACACUUGCACACCCUCAAUACCAACUUCACUGAGCCCCUCCAUGCUGCAUUUGGGAUAUGGAUGGAUAGUUGGGUGAGAAUCAUUAGUUAGGGCCCAGAAUGUAUUUUAUGUUGGCUAUGCAUGCAAAGAUACCGCCAACUAAUUCCUGCAAUCAGUGGACAGUGAUCAUUUGGCUAAGAAUCAUAUGCACAGAAUCUAGCCAAUUUUCCCAUCAAUCUGGUUGUUCUUCAGUUAGAACAUGGCUUAAGCUGUAAAAAUCUUUAGCAAGACCCUCGUUUUGCCAGGUCACCCAACUAGUAGAACUUUGCCUCAUUGAACCCACCAUAAAGUUGGCAGGAAAUUAAAUCCUGAUGCUCAGCCUAUAAUAGAAUCACAGUUCAGCCAGGUCUUGAGCACUUUAUGUUGGAUAUAAUGGGUUUAAAGGAAGGAUAAUAAAAUAUAUUGAUUAUGCUGCCAUGAUUAAUCUGGGGUGCAAAUAAUAAGUAGUAUUAUAUCAGAUCUAUGUCCCCCUGCAAAUAGAUACUGCAGUGGGGGAUCCGAGGAUAAAUCCUCUUUAAAAAAACAAGUCUGAUUGGUUGCAAUGUGCGACUGCACUGGUGUCUUAGCCCCAGAUAUUUUGUACAAUGCAGGUGUCAGGAUAUCUAAAUGAAUGUGUUGAUUCCAUUGUAUUCGGCCUGGCUGUACCCAUAAGCAUAUAUAUGUGCGUUUUAUUGCAGUAUUGUUUUUAUUCAUCACAAUGUAUGAUUCAAAUGAAAAUAAGCACAUCUAUUUGCAAUAAAUGCAUUUUAUGGGCAA